UGUGCAGAGCUUGGAGUACUCUAUGGGUGGCUACUCUUGAACCACGCAAGGAUUCUCAUGCCCAGCACCAAGAAAUUUCAUGGAUUUCAGAUUCAUUUGCAGAGCUAUGAGCUUGUCCACUCAGUAAGAGCUUGGAGUACUCUAUGGGUGGCUACUCUUGAACCACGCAAGGAUUCUCAUGCCCAGCACCAAGAAAUUUCAUGGAUUUCAGAUUCAUUUGCAGAGCUAUGAGCUUGUCCACUCAGUAAGUGCUUCGAAUUUUCUAUGGGUGGCUACUCUUGAAUCACGCAAGGAUUCUCAUUCCCAGCAAGAAGAAAUUUUAUGGAUUUCAGAUUCAUCUGCAGAGCUAUGAGCUUGUCCACUCAGUAAGUGCUUCGAAUUUUCUAUGGGUGGCUACUCUUGAACCACGCAAGAAUUCUCAUGCCCAGCACGCACAUGCACUGAGUUGUGACACGAGUUAAAGUUUAGUUCUCCUCGUGUGAGCCUACUGAUCUAGGAGAGGGUCUCCUGUAGCCGCGUUCACAUUUCGGCCGCGCAAACGUUAUUGCUGUUGGACAAGGGAGCAGACAAUUGAAGCUGCCGGUGUGUCCAUCGUCAGUGACGCUGCUGAACUUGCGACUAGGGGAAUGGACCCGGCAGACGAGGAACCGGGGCUUCCUUCCGCUGUCAAGGACCUUAUACGGCGUCUGGAAGGAGAAGGCGAGCCUUUACGGUGGCUUCCCAUAUUAGCCUUGCCAGAUUUUCAGUAUUUUUUUCCGGAACAUGCAUCGCCCUCCACGAACAUAGGGUGGCGAGGGGAAGUGCGCCUUCGAGUGCUGGAGGCAAUCGGCAGUUGCAACACCUUUCAUUCUCUGGACACAAAAAUUAUUUUUGGAGGAGAUAUAUCGAGGUUGACGGCUAGGGAGUGGGAGAUACUUUUGAGAGGUUUUAGGAGAAGCACCGUUCUACGAGCGAUAAGAGUUGGAGAAUUGAGAUGGAGAUCCGGUGAUGAAGUGGAGAGGUUAUGUUUAGAGCUGGGGAGAAUUUUGUCGACCUCUCGCGUGAAAAAUUUGACAAUAGUCAAUUGCAGAUUGAGUGCCACAUGUUACUUGAAUCUCGCAUCAGGACUGCGAGGAAAUGACGAGUGUGAACUCGAGUCUUUUGAGCUACGAAAUGCAUGGGAGGACUCGAGUGCGGUGAGGCAUAUGGCUGACAUGAUCAGCAGUGCUACUCGAUUAGAAACUUUGGAAAUAGGGGGUUCAGGGGGCCGCAUGUACGACAUGGAUGAGGAUGCCGCUAGAACCCUGUCGCAGGCUUUGAUCCAGAGAAGGUCUUUGAAAAAAUUGGUUCUAAAUGAGGUGAAGGGCGAAGCGUCGGCCUUCUUGCUGAAGGCAUUGGAUGGAGAUGAUGGCAAUCGAGCUAUUGAAUGUCUUCAUCUAAUUUCCGUGUCUGGAUUCGGAGACUGUUUACGAGAACUUCUGAGAUCCAACCCGUACUUGAAGGAAGUGACGUUGGCCGCCAUCGACAUGCGUCUCGAGGAAUGGCGUCAACUGGGCGAAGCCAUAAGUGAGAAUGCUACAGCAAGAACGAUUCGCGUAAUCCAUUCCAUGGAUCACAAAGAUUCCUUCACAAAGAAGGGAGUAGAAGAGCUUGCGUGUGCUGCUAGCUCAGGUGUCAAGGUCCCCACACUGGAGCUGAUAAUCACAUUCAAUGAUUACGAUGCAUUGAUGCCAGCACUCGACUUUGUGGGUAGGGGGGUAUUGCGCGGAAAUAUCAAAUCUCUAGAAUCUUUGAUUCUAUUUUUUAGAUGUUCUUGCAACCAUGAUAUAAUGGAAGGUAUCGUCCCCAUGGAUGGAAAUCCUGGAGAAACUUCAGUCUCAGUCCUGAAGAGACUGAGAUUAUUUGUUGAAAGCAGAGAUACUUUGAAGGGAGUGUGGAAGUACCUGCUUUGUUGCUUACGGGAGAACACAAGUGUUACUCACUUGGAUUUGUCUGAUUCCGGACUCGAUGACGAGGCGUUCAGGGAACUGAUGGAUAUGUUGCAAGUGAACUUGACUCUCGAGCAAAUAGAUGUCUCACGAACCGCAUGGGCAAAGGACGGAAAGAAGGCGCUUAUUCAACACGCCCUACGGGAAAACCAGAAUCGGGCCUGCUACAUGGGUGUCUUCAGAGAAGCAAACUUAACAUUUGGAGAGGCGAAAGCUGGUGGACUCUUUUUGUGCGGCUCUCCUAGAGCAGGCAAGACUAGAUUGCGUCAAACUUUGAUGAGGAUAGUUCAAGGCCAAAGUCGGCUCCGGGACAUGCUCGGAAAAGUGCUAAGAACUCUACGCAUUGAAGGGGAGUUAUUGCAAAAGGAUGAGAGAAUGCAAAUCUCAAUUUGGGAUUUUGUUACCCUUGAACAUGUGAUCUUUCCUCAAACCUCCAAUUUUUGUGUUUUUCAAUUUGUGUAUAGCCCCUUUUGUGAGAAAACAUCUAGUAUCAAACCUGAAUUUUCUUUUCAGACAGAGUUGGAAAAAUGGAUGAAGUUCAUCACAUCCAACAGUAGAGUCACUAGACAUAGUCUUCCACAAGUUCUUGUUGUGAUGUCACACAAGGAUAAAGUCAAAGACAAAUCUUUAACUUGGGCUAAUACCAUAGUGGACGAGGUUAUCAAAAACUUUGCAAAUGAUGUGAAGCUCAACCAAGAGUUGUUUCAUGUGGAUGCUCGGAAAAAGAAGCAAGUUCUUCCUGUCCAAAAACACAUUUUUGACAUCUUGAAGGUGUUAUUGACAAAAAAUUCUCCACUGGUUCCCCAUUUGUGUUCCAAACUCACAUCCCUUUUAGUUACAAAAACCAAGGAUAGCAAAAAGUGCCCUAUUUGGUCACUAAAAAAGUUUCAUGACUUUUGUGAUUCCCACUUGAAACAUUUCAUUCCUACAUCAUCUACUUCCUCUGUUGAUCAUUCAAGUAUAAUUACAUCAAUCAUAUCUUAUAUGAAUGAUGUUGGAUCCAUCAUAUACAUCCCCAACGUCAAGUACAUUAUUGUGGAUCCCAACUGGCUCGCACAUACAUUGUUAGGUGAUUUGGGUCAACACUUUCAAGCUCAAAAGUUUGAAUCUUUUGAUGAAACGAGCUCUUACACAAGUAAGGACGGAUAUGUGAGUGAGAGUGACUUUGUUGGGUGGACAGAGAAGUUUCUACGAAAACAACCACAUGGACAGAGAGGUGUGGACAGAGAGAUGCUUGAAAACAUACUUUUCAAUUUAGAUUUGUGUUUCAAGCACGAAGAUACUUUUGAGUAUUACAUUCCUUUCUUCAUACCUGAGCAUCCAAGCACGGAGAAACAAAGGCUUCAAGGGCGGGCACACGAAUCGACGUAUUCGCAAAAUAUAGAUGAUACCUCACAGUUGGUCAGCAUUCGGAUUCAAUGUCAAGAUGUACAAGAUGAUGUAAAAGAUGGAGAAGGAGAUAGAAAAGAUGAAAAAGAAGAUGAAGAAGGAGAUAGAAAAGAUGGAGAAGUAGAUAGAAAAGAUGAAGAAGAAGAUAGAGAAGGAGAUAGAAAAGAUGGAGAAAUAGAUAGAAAAGAUGAAGAAGAAGAUAGAGAAGGAGAUAGAAAAGAUGAAAAAGAAUAUAGGAAAGAUGAAAAAGAAGAUGGAGAAGGAGAUAGAAAAGAUGAAGAAGAAGAUGGAAAAGAUGGAGAAGGAGUGGAAAAGAAGAUGGAGAAGGAGAUAGAAAAGAUGAAGAAAAAGAUGAAAAAGAUGAAGAAGGAGAUGAAGAAGAUGGAAAAGGAGAUGGAAAAGAUGAAGAAGAUGGAAAAGGAGAUGGAAAAGAUGAAGAUGGAGAUAGAAGAAGAUGGAAAAGAUGAAGAAGAAGAUGGAAAAUAUGGAGAAGGAGAUGGAAAAGAUGAAGAAGGAGAUGAAGAAGAUGGAAAAGAUGGAGAAGAAGAUGGAAAAUAUGGAGAAGGAGAUGAAGAAGAUGGAAAAGAUGGAGAAGAAGAUGGAAAAUAUGGAGAAGGAGAUGGAAAAGAUGAAGAAGGAGAUGAAGAAGAUGGAAAAGAUGGAGAAAGAGAUGGAAAAGAUGAAGAAGAAGAUAGAAAAGAUGAAGAUGGAGAAGCUGAAGAAGAAGAUGGAAAAGAUGGAGAAGGAGAUGGAAUUGAUGAAGAUGGAGAAAAUGAAAAAGAAGAUGAAGAACAUGAGUCUUCAUUUUCUCCAUCUUCUUCUUCUUGUGAAGAAGAUGGUGAAGAUCCUUCUCGGUAUAUCAUUCCUUCCUUAGACUCUAAGCGUGCAAGCAUGGAGGAGCAUAAGCAUGAAGAAAGGGGUCACAAGUCGAUGUAUUGGUACAAUAAGGAUGAGAAUUCACAAUUUGUCGGCAUUCGGAUUCAAUGUCAAGAUGAAAGAAGAAUGUCACUUACUGCUAUUUUUUUUCUACGCUUCCAGAUGUUCAUGAGACGCAAAUUGAUUUCCGAGAUGGAAGUUUCCAAGGAGUCUGUAAUCUGCUCUCGCCAUUAUCUGCGACUCUUCUUGGAUGGACACCAAAUUUAUGUCCAGCAAGGAAGGAACCACGAAUAUGUUGAUGUUCUUAUGUUAUGCUCAAAGCAUAAGUCGAGGGAGCUGGCGCAGAAAUAUGUGAUGAAGCAUAUCGUCGAGGAGUUGAUAUCAUUUUGCGCAUCACCCAAAGGCUGUCCCGGUGUGGCGUUAGUGCUUGGUGUAAUCCAAACACUUUGCGUGGAGAUGCUGAAUCCGAGUCAUUUUAGGGCAAUUCUGAUCGAGAAGCUGAAAUCGGACUUCAUUUGUAGCAUCAAUGACAAACUUGAAGAAAUGAUGUUGGAAAGUUCUCACUUGGUGAAGAAGGAAGAGUUGUUCAACUAUGAGCACCGUUGGCCCCGGUAUGAAAACCAAGAAGGCGGAAUAUCCGAACGAGCUAGGGAUUUGUUGUGGCUGAGCGAUGUGGAAGCGGUUGUGGAUUGCAUUCGACAGAAACAAAUUCAAAAGUUCGAAUCAUUGCAAGAAGAUCCAAAUAGCCUGGACAAUGAUUUGGCUCAAUCGAACCCUGAAGGUGAGAAUACGAUAAGCGACUCGAAUAUCCUCGAAAUGAAAGACUACAAACCAUCUACAUCCAAGUGGUUGAGUCAGGAAAGCAUAAGUGUGGAAAAUCGUUCGACCCGAAUUGUUCUCAGAUUGGAGAUACAGAUUCUGGAUAUGGAGAUGCAGAGUUUGGAAAUGAUGGAGAUGAAGAUUGGAGAGACACUCUCUCUGCAGAGAUUGGAGAUGAUGGAGAUGAAGAUGGUUCAGAUACUCUCUCUGCAGAGAGAGUAUCUGCUGCAGCAAGAAUUGCGGAGAAAGCACUCAGAGUUGACUGCAGCAAUGCUGAGUGCUUUCAAUUCUAAAGUGGACAAGAGGCCGCGAGGCAAAAGUUCUUCCUAUCUGACAAGGGAGCAUAAGUGUGGAAAAUCGUUCGACCCGAAUUGUUCUCAGAUUGGAGAUACAGAUUCUGGAUAUGGAGAUGCAGAGUUUGGAAAUGAUGGAGAUGAAGAUUGGAGAGACACUCUCUCUGCAGAGAUUGGAGAUGAUGGAGAUGAAGAUGGUUCAGAUACUCUCUCUGCAGAGAGAGUAUCUGCUGCAGCAAGAAUUGCGGAGAAAGCACUCAGAGUUGACUGCAGCAAUGCUGAGUGCUUUCAAUUCUAAAGUGGACAAGAGGCCGCGAGGCAAAAGUUCUUCCUAUCUGACAAGGGAGCAGACAAUCAAAGCUGCAGGUGUGUCCAUCUGCAGGUGUGAAGAAGAUGGUGAAGAUCCUUCUCGGUAUAUCAUUCCUUCCUUAGACUCUAAGCGUGCAAGCAUGGAGGAGCAUAAGCAUGAAGAAAGGGGUCACAAGUCGAUGUAUUGGUACAAUAAGGAUGAGAAUUCACAAUUUGUCGGCAUUCGGAUUCA